AAUUUCGAAAAUUUUGUUUGUCUAGCGACGCGGUGCGGUGACUCGUGUGCUCGUGUGAUUGAAGACAAAAAGACAACAGAACCUUUGUUUUCACUCAGCCCUUUUGUCUGGUUUAGAUCAAUAAUAUCAAGUCUUCUUAUCCAGUAACGCGAAACAAUGGCUAACGAUCCCGAAAGAUUUGAUACGAUGUUGUUAGCAAUGGCUCAACAGCACGAAGGAGGUGUUAAAGAUCUGCUGAACACAAUAGUAGGCUUCUUGGCCAGAAAGACGGACUUCUUCACUGGUGGCAAAGGAGGUGAAUGGGAGCAGGUGGUAAAAGAUACAUUCUAUGUUCAUGCUAAAAAAGCAAAGGAUGAGGCUGAUAAAAUUAAGAGGGAGAAGGAAGAAGCAGAUAGAAGAUUGAAAGAUAUCCAGCAAAAGAAAGAACAAGAGAGGAUGGCUCAGGACUUUGAACCUGCCUCUGUUACAGAAAUAACAGACCAGGAAGCUGUUAAAAUACAAGAGGAUAUUGACAAAGAAAAGAAAACUCAAACAGAAGUUGGCAGCGGUGAUGGCACUCCAGUUGAGCCAGAAUCUGCAGCUGAAGCUGAGGAGGAAGAUGACCCCAAAGAGAAGGGUAAACUGAAGCCAAAUGCAGGCAAUGGAUGUGACCUUGAAAACUACAGAUGGACCCAGACUCUAGAAGAAGUUGAGCUUCGAGUGCCACUGCGUCAAGUUCUGAGGCCACGCGACUUAACGGUUAUCAUCAACAAGAAGCAUCUCAAAGUCGGCAUCAAAGGCCAGCCGCUUAUCAUCGAUGGCGAACUAGAUGCCGAAGUCAAGAUAGAAGAGUCAACGUGGGUGUUGCAAGAUGGACGCAAUUUACUUAUCAACUUAGAAAAGGUCAAUAAAAUGAAUUGGUGGGGCAGGCUAGUCACUACCGACCCGGAAAUAUCUACGAGGAAGAUCAACCCAGAGCCAUCGAAACUGUCCGAUUUGGACGGAGAAACCCGUGGUUUAGUUGAAAAAAUGAUGUACGAUCAACGGCAAAAGGAAAUGGGCCUGCCUACUAGUGAUGAACAAAAGAAACAAGAUGUGCUCAAAAAGUUCAUGGAACAGCAUCCUGAGAUGGACUUCUCGAAAUGCAAAUUUAAUUAAACAAUAAUAGGCUAUUAAUUAAUUAAUACUUAAUUACUUGGUGUCAAUAACCGCGGUGUUAAUGUCAAAUUUAUUUUACUACAAAAUAUUUUGAUUUUACACGCCUCUUUCAUACGCAUUUGUAGAAGAUGUAUAUGAACGUAUACUUUAAAAAAUUUCGGUUGCUGCACGUAUGAUUUCAUAUUUUUAAGUGUGCGGGAGUUUUGCACAAUAAAAAAUUGGUGCCCUGAGUGACUAGUUGCGGUCAUGUUAACCUACCAUGAUAACUGCUGGACAUCGCCUGGUCGGUUCAAGCACUUUCUAUUAUUUAAGUGAACUUAUUACAAUAGCAUGUUUACUGUUGUAUUCAUAUUAAAUAAAUAACAAUUCUGAUUUUUAAA